AUGGGUAAAGAUAAAAGGGCGGAAACAACUGAAGGUUCCAGUGAGGAAGAAUAUGUUGUGGAGAAGGUCUUAAACAAAAGAACCGUGAAAGGGAAGACACAAUACCUCUUAAAAUGGAAAGGUUACAAAGAGGAGGAGAGUACUUGGGAACCAGUAGAUAACCUUGAUUGUGAGGAACUUAUUAGAGUUUUUGAGGAAAGCAGAAAGGAAAAAGAGAAGCCUAAAAAAACUGAAGAGCGUAGCAAGAAACGCCCUCGUGAGUCUAGUGAAGAAACAAGUCGCAAGAGCAGAGGAACUAGUGUCUCUUCUGUUGAAGAGAACAAAGACGCCAAGAAGGAGAAGAAAGUAGAAAAGGAAAAAUAUGGUUUUGACAAGGGUAUAAAGGCUGAAAAGAUCAUUGGUGCAUCAGAUGCCACGGGGGAGCUGAUGUUUUUGGUAAAAUGGGUUGACUCUGAUGAAGCGGAACUUGUUCCUGCUAAAAUUGCCAAUGUGAAGUGUCCACAGCAGGUAAUCGCCUUCUAUGAGGAAAGACUAACAUGGCACAACCCUCCUGAAUCAGAAUGA